CUGUGCCCAGCAGCAGCAGCAGUAGUGGGCAGUCAGUCAGCGACCUGGAGAGCAGGCAUGUCAAAGUAGUCCGUGCAUGCAGGAACCUGUCUGUUACUAUUAUUGUUGUCAUUUCAGUUAUGAAAGACUGCACCUUCCAGUCAUAACCUGAAUCUAGGAGACCCCUCGCAAGCAUCACGGAAUCCAAGGACUGAGGGAGACCGAGGUAGUUAGCAGCAACCAACCGGAGGGGCUGGCUCUCUGUCAGCCUGCGUGGGAAUGGCAGCUCCCCGGCCGAUUAAAGGCAUCCUGAAAAACAAGAACAGCGGCAGGAAUCUGAAAUCUCUGUCCGACGAGGCGCCGGGAGAGAACGCCGAGCACGGGCCGGGACUCACGGAGGAUGACCAGCAAAAGAAGUCGGCCAAAUGGGAUGAGAUGAACAUCCUGGCGACGUACCAUCCUCCUGACAAGGACUACGGCCUGAUGAAGAUAGACGAACCCAGCACACCUUAUAACAGGAUGGUUGGGGAUGACGAUGACGAAGGGGCACUAAGCGACUCAGACGGCCACGGCGGAGGGCUCGCGCCUGAUGACCUGGCCUCAAAGCUGGAGGCAGCGGAGGGGACGGAGCCACGCUUCAUGAAAGGAGAGGAAGAGAGCAGCGAGGAGGAGGAGGAGGAAGAGGAGGAGCUGACUCCAGCAGAGCAAGCCAAGAAGAAGCAUUUUCAGAUGAUGAGGAAGAUGCACUAUAACGAGGGCCUGAACAUAAAGCUGGCUCGCCAGCUCAUCGCCAAUGAGCUGGAAGAGGAGGAGGAGGAAGAUGAGGAUGAGGAUGAAGAGAUGAGGGACGCGACAGAGGACCCGAGGGAGGAGACGGAGGAGAUCACCGUAGACCCGCCACAGGAAGCCGAUUCCCUGGAGUCGUAGAGGACGUCUCCCCCCCCCUCCCCCUCGCCGCCGUCAGCAGCGCCGCGUCAGAUCGAGGCCCAGCGAGACGCCGCCGAUCAGAUCUGUGACCGAAAGCCGAGACAUGCAGCAAAAACACCGCUUCACUACCUGUGUAACAUCUCCCAACAGCCAAUAAGAGUACCAAUCACCUCUUCGUCUCCACUAGUCCAUAAAACUGUGCAAUAUUUUUUUUUUUUCUUAAUAAAAAAAAAAGGUUUCUCAGCACCAGGAAUAAAUCCCAGCACCUAAUAUGAAGACUGUUGCUUGUCCUUCCUCUCCUCUCCUGUUGCCAAGAACGCUCUCCUCACAUCUCUCUUGGACUGACGUCGCACUGAAGAAUAUAUGACUCAGGCCCUGAAAGGAGGAUCAAGGCCUUUUUU